CUCCACCACUUCUCAACUUGAAAGUUUUAGGGCUUUUUUACCCCCUCCCUCAGUAACCAAUGGCUGUUAAAGACUCUCUUGCUCUCUUCCUUCUCUUUAACGUCCUUUUCUUCACCCUCACUACAGCCACCAGAAGUACCAAUUGUCCUCCUCCACCACGCAAACACAAUAAACACAAACCUAGCCCACCAACCACCACGGGAACUUGCCCUAAAGAUACCUUAAAGCUUGGUGUUUGUGUUAACGCCCUAAACUUGUUGAACGAUGUGACUCUCGGAACUCCUCCUGUGACUCCAUGCUGUAGCCUCAUAAAGGGUUUGGUCGAUCUUGAAGCUGCGGUUUGUCUUUGCACUGCCCUCAAGGCUAGCGUUCUUGGCAUUAACCUUAACCUUCCCAUCAACCUAAGCUUGCUUCUCAAUGUGUGCAAAAGAAAGUCCCCACCUGGCUUCCAAUGCCCUUAAACUCAAUGCGUACAUCAAUCGGAACAUUAAAGCUUUAAAUCUUUUAUUGUAAUGUUUUCUUUUGUACUCUUUUAUUUGAAGUGGUGAAGUUCAUGAUGAACAUCAAUGAGUUUGUGUUGUUUACUCUUGUUGUAUCGCGAGAGCGCCUUGCUUGAGUGUUACUCCCAUCUAUUGUAAUUUGUUUAUUUGUCGUAUUGAAUCAAAUAUCAAUGAUUGUUUUUUAGUUAA